GGGCCCCCCCCAGCUAUGGACGAGCGGCUACUGGGGCCGCCCCCUCCAGGCGGAGGCCGGGGGGGCCUGGGAUUGGUGGGUGGGGAACCUGGGGGCCCUGGCGAGCCUCCCGGUGGCGGAGACCCCGGUGGGGGUAGCGGGGGGGUCCCGGGAGGCCGAGGGAAGCAAGACAUCGGGGACAUUCUGCAGCAGAUAAUGACCAUCACCGACCAGAGCCUGGACGAGGCCCAGGCCAAGAAACACGCCCUAAACUGCCACAGAAUGAAGCCUGCUCUCUUUAGUGUCCUGUGUGAAAUCAAGGAAAAAACUGGCCUCAGCAUUCGAAGCUCCCAAGAGGAGGAGCCAGUGGACCCACAGCUGAUGCGCUUGGACAACAUGCUUCUGGCAGAGGGUGUGGCUGGGCCUGAGAAGGGGGGAGGCUCAGCUGCAGCCGCUGCAGCCGCAGCAGCCUCUGGGGGUGGUGUGUCCCCUGACAAUUCCAUCGAACACUCGGACUAUCGAAGCAAGCUUGCCCAGAUCCGCCACAUCUACCACUCAGAGCUGGAGAAGUAUGAGCAGGCAUGUAACGAGUUUACAACCCAUGUCAUGAACCUGCUGAGGGAGCAGAGCCGCACGCGGCCCGUAGCACCCAAGGAAAUGGAGCGCAUGGUGAGCAUCAUUCAUCGAAAGUUCAGCGCCAUCCAGAUGCAGCUCAAGCAGAGUACCUGUGAGGCCGUCAUGAUCCUUCGUUCCCGUUUCUUGGAUGCCAGACGGAAACGCCGUAACUUCAGCAAACAGGCCACUGAAGUCCUAAAUGAGUAUUUCUACUCCCACCUGAGUAACCCAUAUCCUAGUGAAGAGGCUAAGGAGGAGCUUGCCAAGAAGUGUGGCAUCACUGUCUCUCAGGUCUCCAAUUGGUUUGGUAAUAAGCGAAUUCGGUAUAAGAAAAAUAUUGGAAAAUUCCAAGAAGAGGCAAACAUCUACGCUGUCAAGACUGCCGUAUCAGUCACCCAAGGGGGCCACAGCCGCACAAGCUCCCCAACACCCCCUUCCUCUGCAGGCUCUGGCGGUUCUUUCAAUCUCUCAGGAUCCGGAGACAUGUUUCUGGGGAUGCCUGGGCUCAACGGAGAUUCCUAUUCUGCUUCCCAGGUGGAAUCACUCCGACACUCCAUGGGGCCAGGAGGCUAUGGGGAUAACCUUGGAGGAGGCCAGAUGUACAGCCCUCGGGAAAUGAGGGCAAAUGGCGGCUGGCAGGAAGCUGUGACCCCAUCUUCAGUGACAUCCCCCACAGAGGGACCAGGGAGUGUUCACUCUGACACCUCCAACUGAUCUUGCCCCUCAGGAUCACGGGGGGUGGGGGCUCUCAUAAGGCGACUCUUGAAGAGGACGCAGGCAUCCAGAGGACAAACCCCUAACAGGAGAAGCACAAGAAAGAGAAGGGCGAAUGGGGUCAACCCUCCCCAAUUAGACUCUCAGUGCUGGGGGUGCUGACUACAUGGCAGGGAGAAUGGGGCCCUUUAGGGGAGUGGGGUCUAUCUCCUCCUUUUUUCCUUUUUUGUCUUUUCCCCCUUUUCUCUUACACAGCAAAUCAGACACCUAUUUCUCAGACCCCUUUUUCUCACCCCCGCCAUACACAUUCACAUACAACUAUUCUGUUUCUGUGUACUCCCCCACUUACCCUCCCCACCCUGCUAAUAUGCUCUGGAAUCUGGAGAUGUCAGCCCUGCCCGACCCAGAGAUGCCAAAAAUGGGGACUCGACUUCUGGACAAAUGACAUGGGCCACGCCCCCUGUGCAUCCCCACCCCCUUCCCCUCCAGACGGCUUUAUUACCUCAUAUGCAGCUCAUCUUAAACCAAUAGAAUCGCUCGGUGGACGAGAGUGUCUGACUCAGAUAUCUACCUCGGAGGGAGUUUCUGCUACUUUAGGGAAUUGUUGACUGGGCUUUGGGAUUUUUGUUGUUGUUGUUUUUUGUUUUUGUUUUUAAAGAAACGAAACCCUGGGAUCCAUCUGUAUCGUCUUUUAUUUUUAUUUUUAUUUUUUGGUGGUGGUGGUGGUGGUGGUGGCUCUUAAUUUUUUAGUAUGGGGAAGUAGUUUUGUUUUCUUUUUUAAAAUAAACAUACUUUUUUAAUAUAA